AUGACAAUCCAGGAAGGGCCGGUGCUCGUGGCCGAGGUGCAAGCCCAGUCCUUUCGGAACUUGGAGACAAAGAGGAGUUCGGCCGCGGACAGACACCUUAUCGUUUCGCCAUACUCUGAGCAGGAGCACCUCUUAGACCUCGAAACCCUCGACAUCGAGAACCAGCUUCUCGCCAUUGCCUUGACCAAGAUGAAGUGCCUACGCCAGGACUAUGCCACGGCACCGUACGUUCAGACGUUUAACUGGGAGGAAAUCAUCGAGACGCUCCAGACGCUAGCCGGGAGGCUCAACCAUACAUGGAAGAGAACAUCCUUCUUUGUGGUUGCCUUCCGUUCUCGCAUACCACCGACAACGGUGUAUGCCGAACUCGGCACGUUGGACAAGGCGGCUCACGCCGAAGCCACCGCAAGCGGCGGCUUUUUGAAGUAUUGGUUUGGGACUCCCGACAUCGAGGGUCGCAACUUGGCGACUUGCAUCUGGAGAUCCCAGGAUGACGCAAGGAAAGGAGGCGUAGGCCCGGCGCACCGCAAGGCGGCCGGAGCCGCCCGGUCCCUGUAUACCUUCUGGAAAAUAGACCGCUUCAAGCUGACCCCCUCCGACACCAUGGCUGACGCGCAAAAGGAUGUGCCGUGCAAGUCGGCGCAGGUCGAGUCGCUUGUGGUGAUGAAGAUUGUUAAGCACUGCUCCUCGAGUUUCCCGACGACGGCUACAGGAUCUAUCGUGGGCAUGGACAACAAUGGUGUUCUUGAAAUCACAAAUACCUUCCCGUUCCCCACCGUCGACGUCUCUGGCACCGAUAGCCACCAGUCCGACGCAUCCAGCCUCGCCGCGGCCGCUCCCCGCGCGAAAGCCAAUAUCGCCUACCAGAACGAGAUGAUUAGACACCUGAAGGAGGUGAACGUGGAUGCGAACAACGUGGGCUGGUACACGAGUGCGACCAUGGGCAACUUCAUCAACCUCAGCUUCAUCGAGAACCAACACCACUACCAGCGCGACAAUGAUAAGGCGGUGGCGCUCGUCCACGAUGUUAGCAGAAGCUCCCAGGGCGCCCUGAGCCUACGCGCCUUCAGGUUGUCGCCGGAGUUCAUGACGGCCUACAAGGAGGGGAAGUUUACAACCGAAAGCCUUCAGAAGUCGAAGCUGACUUUCAGGGAUAUUAUCGUCGAGGUCCCUGUGGUUGUCCACAACUCCCAUCUCCUUACCUCGUUCCUACACCAAGUCCCCGCGCCGCCCAAGUCGGCCGAGAUCCCGCUUCCGGCUUCGCUCGAAGACAUCCGUCGCGAUCCUGCUCAGCCUCCCGCACACCCAUCGUUUGACACUCUGGAUCUUUCGAUCGAUCCUUUCCUCGAGAAGACUUGCGAUCUGUUGCUCGACAGCAUCGAAUCCCACUACUCCGAUCUCAACAACCACCAGUACUACCAGCGGCAGCUGACCCGCGAGCAAUUCAAGAUUACACAAUGGCAAACAAAGCGCAAGGCAGAGAAUGCUGCGCGCUUAGCAGCGAAGCAGCAGCCUCUCCCCGAGGAUGAGUGGCAGAGACUCUUCAAGCUCCCGCAGGAGCCUAGCCGGCUUGAGGGCAUGCUCAACGCUAGGCAAGUUGAGCAGUACAGCAAGCAGGUAGACGGGUUCACCGCGACCAUUACCUCCAAGAUGUUUGCCGUGAGGGGGAACUUGCUGCCUGAGUGA